AUGCCUCUGAAGAGAACACCGCCUGCUAGCCCCGGUAAAACGCGAUCGGCCUCGAAAACUCGCAAGCCAAAACGAAGGCGGGAGGGUUCUUUUGACGAUAAUGAGGCCAACGCAUCUUUCAGGAAAGAUAUAUUUAGGAUGUUUGAAGAAUUUAAAUUGGAACAGAAAAAUAAUUUUAAACUUCUUCAAGACACAAUUACGCAACAAAAUAAAGAAAUACAGACUUCCCUUGAAUUUCUUUCGGUAAGGUACGAUGAGAUCCAUGGCAAGCUUGAAUCUUUUGAAGCGGAAAGGAAAACUCAUCUUGCAUAUAUUCAGUCUUUGGAAGAUAAAGUUGAAAAUCUAGAAAACAGUAGUAACUCGGCAUCCUUGGAAAUCCGUAAUAUUCCAGUAAAAGCGUCAGAAAACAAGACAGACUUAACAAAUGUAAUAGUAAAUACGGGGCUAGUAUUGCAAACCUCAAUACAGCCAUCUGACAUAAGAAAUAUAUACCGAGAGAACACUAAAUCCAAUAUAAAACCUAUUAUUGUUGAAUUUACCACAGUUGCUAUGAAGGAAAAUAUUUUAAAAUUGACUAAAACAUAUAAUAAAAAUCAUUCCAGUAAGAAGCUAAGUACAAAAGAUCUACAUUUUGAAGAUCCACAAAAACCUGUUUAUAUAUCAGAAUCCUUGACGCAUAAAACGCGUAGACUCUUUUCUCUCUCAAGACAGUUUGCCACUCUAAAUGGAUUUGCAUAUUGCUGGACCUCAAUUGGUAAAAUCUACCUACGGAAAAAGGAAGGUGACCCAUAUCACCGUAUAAAUUCGGAACACGACUUCAUAAAGCUUAAGCAUGCACUAUUU